CGACCACUAUAAGAAACUCCAUUUCCGCUGAAAAGCCACCACAUAAAGUCUCGCUAAAUACCUAGGUACCCCUAUAGUUUCAGCAGGUUUCAAGCCCUUAGGUGCGUACCUAGAUAUGCGUUCGAACCUUGCUAGGACUGUAGCACUGCUCAAAAGUACCACGCAGCCUGCUUCAAAAUUAUGCCAUCAAGUGGGAAUUAGGAAAUCUAGCCUAUCAUGUCAUUAUCUACCAUGAGUUCACAUCAUUACUGUGCAUCUCGUCCUGUCGGCUCGGAGGGGUUCCGUCCUUUUUGGGCUUCAAAGAGGGGAAAUUAGGCGUUCUGAACAUUGCCACCACCUUCACUCGCGCUGAAUCUCCUCAAUUGGUACAUAUACCUUGUCUAGAUUUGAGUAAGUUUCGCUCAGCCUCAUCAUUUGAUUCAUUGAGGAUUUACCGGUGAGUUCCUAUUUGCCCUGGAAGUAUGGACGAGGCGCACCUCUUUCAUGCGGGAAUUGUGCUCGGAUCGUAUAUCAAACUCCGGUCAUCCAUUCCGAAAUUCUAUAUUUCGAGUUCUAAGUACCUAGGUAUGUCACCAAUCUCAUAGCCUUCUAUAAAUAUUCAAUGGCAAUUUUCUUGUCUGGUACAGAGGCCAGAUUGGGUGCUCUUAAUAUCGCGCCAGCCGUCCUUCUCCCACCGCUACCCAAUAUCGUUUCUGAAUGGUCGUCAAUUGUACCACUUAUCUGCCACCUUGCCAGCGUUCGCGAUGACUACAAGACAACCGGAGAUGUGGCACUGUUAGGAAGGGUUUCAAUUGGACUAUUUCCCAAAUUGGGAACAUUAGCAGGACUAUCACGUUUGUUAAGUCAGGGCCCGGAUUACCUUGAUCAGGCUUCAACGAGAGGCGGUUCAAGUCGAACCGUGUGGGAUGUACAAUGGGGAAGCGUCUUCCCACUAGCUAACGGCGCUGCGAGCGCUGCCAUUGUUGAAUAUGCUCGCCACCGACACGCCCAGAAGCAUACUCGCAUUCCUGAAGCGGUCCCUAGUCCCAAAGAUAACAAACCGAGGACUGUCCAAGAAAAGAGCACAACUAGUAGCUCGUCCUCUGAUGGAGAUUACCAGAAGUCCGCACAUAAACCGUUGGUAACAGAGAAAUGGAGACCCUUAAGCGAAAGACAGUUUCGUCGAUAUCAGACAUUGUAUGUCCUUCGUUUUAAACGCGAAAGGAAAACGACCGGGCGUAACUUUAAGUUCGAGGAUAUUGGGCAGACGACUACAUUCCAUGUGUUCUCUUUCAUUGUGCUUAUAAGCAUUGCGGUGGCGCUAUCUUUCGUGGGCUCUUAUGGCACAGCGGUUGUGAUUAUAAUGAGCGCUAUUUCAAGGAUAACCACUCAACGCGUCUCAGUCCUCAGGCCUACGGGGUACCUACAGAACAAUGAGAGUCAUGACGCUUGCAUGCUUGUGGCUCCCCACCAGAAUGCCAACGUCUGGUACUUGUACGUGGGAGACCGCUCAAUCGUCGAUACGCUAUUAAACAAGCCCAUGCUCGCGGUGCCACAAAAUCAGUAUAAUUGGCUUGUGGCCAAAUGGUUAGCAUUCGCGCAUCUUCUUCACAUUGCCGCUAUGACGUUUACCGCAGGGCAGAGGGGGUGGGAUGGUGUCUGCAUGGUAGCAUUAUUAGCUAUCGAUCGGGUGCUGCGAUGGCAUUUCUGUACUAAGACGUAUGCUCGCGACUGGUUAGAACGCGAGGGAUAUACUGUGGAUAUCGAAAGUUUUGAGUUCAGUGGGCGUGCUCCGAUGAUAGGCGCGAUACAAUUAUACAGCGGAAGUAAAGUCACGCGAUGGAUGGACGACAUAUUCGUCCCACACCCGCGACGCGACGCCUGGCUUGAGAAUAUGAUAAAUGGGGGUGAAAUAAAGGGGUUGCCAUCUCACGAUGUGGAAUGGGUUCGUCGCGCUACGUACCUCUCACAGACCGGGGCUAGGAUAAUGAAAGAAAAACUGAAUUGGCAGGGUGUUUGAUGUAUUCCGUGUAUCCUACUCAAACUAUCUGUCAAGUCAGUGUACCUUGGCGUGUGAGCCACGCGGUAUUUAUGGUUUUAUGUAG